AUGGACAACGAACACAAUCAUCAAAAACAACAAAAAAUAUUAACAAAAGAACAACAAGAAAAACAUAAAAAUGAAAUUAAUGUUUGUUCUGUUAAAAAUUCUGAAGAGAAAAUAAAAGAAAAUGUACAAGAAUUAAUACAGCCUUUACAUGUUGAAAUACCUGAAAAUCAACAACAAAAAAUUAUAAUUGAUAAACAAUGUAGCGAAGAGGAAAGAAUUAGUAAAACUCCCCAUCAUUUAUUGAAUUCUAAACAACAAGGAAGAAAUAAAGAAAUUAAACAGCCUCUAUUGCUUCAACAGCAUUCACCUAAAUUUAAGCAAAAUUGUUCUUUAUCUACCGACACUCGUUGUUGUCCUUGCUGUACAUAUACACAAAAUGAAAUCACUUCAUUUACACCUCCUCCAAAUUUAACAACAGUAGCCGACCGUUUUGUUCUUCAGCAUUACAGUAAAGCUGGCAGUGGUGGAACAUUGCCCAUAAGUGGAAUUCCUCGUAAAAAGGCCCCCCAGCACAGACGAUUGCGAAAAUAUGCGUCAGAGACAAGUUUUUGUUCAUCUCCUGGGAGUAGUUUUGGAAGUGUUGGAAGUGGUGCUAGCCUUUUACAUCCAAGUCAGUGUCCUGGACGUAUUAGAACAGUUACUUUGAUGAAUGGACGUAGGUGUGAACGUGAAGUACGCACCGGUGCUCGUGUUUUUCAUGUUCGUCCAUCUGGGACCUCGUCACAACAAUCAGCACAUUUAGCUUGUGCUGGCAGUAAUACUUUAAUUAACCGAUUACAUCAUCAACGUCGUUGCCAGCCACAACAACAACUUUCACAAUCUCCGCAAAGCCAAGAAAUUCGUAAAGAUUCGGGUGAUGAUGCUAGUUGUAGUUUAGGUAGUGGAAGUACACAAGGAAGUAAUAGCCAACAAACACCUUUAAGUCAAAGACGAAUACAAAUUAUUCAAAUGCAGCAAAAACAGCAACAUCCAUUUACUCCCUCACAGCAACAACAACGAUUUAAAAUGCGUAGACCUAGAUCAACAGGCCAAAUAAUUAUUCAACAAAUACCAAAUUCUAAGAAGAAAUAUUCUGAAACACAAGAAUGUAAUUAUUCAAUAGAGCAAAACUCAGGCGGUUCUAGUUCAACUACCGCCGGACAAUCAGGGCCAGACAACAACCAUCGUUGUCGAACAAUGAGUAGCGGAACACCUUAUAAUAUUCAUCAAAAUCAUUCUUCUAAUUGUGUUGCCAACAAUAUUUCAUCAAUUAACAAUAAUAAUAACAAUAAUAAUAAGGGAAAUAAUUCGAGUGUCGGUUAUGAUCCUUCUUAUACAUCAGCCACAGUUUAUUCGACUGAUUCAAUUAUAAAUAUCCACUCAGCUUGUGGUCAACCAACAAAUCCCGAAACUGUUAGUGGUACAUGUACGGGAAGUGGGGCACCAAUGACGGCUGAUGCAAUUAUACCCGUAGAUCGUCGACCCUCAAACUAUUAUCUUUUUGAAGAUGAUAGUGCUCAUGAAUUCGACGACGAAGGUGUCUUUGAAUUUAAAUGUUUUUUGGGUAAUGGAUUAUAUUUUGGUAGUUUGGUUUUGGUAAUUUGUUGUAUAACUCGAGUAAAUCGAGUUGGGUUAUGA